AAAUCAUUUUGUCAUUUUAAUGUCAGUAAAGAAUAUCAUAAUAAACUGAAAUAAAACUUAUACAAAUCAUAUAAUUAAUCUACAAUGACGAGUAGAACAACGGAUCGGAAAGGCAAAUCUAAAGAACUGAAAUCGCUUACAAAUGAACUUCAAAACGAAAUAGCUGCAUUCACUUUACCCAACAGCCUACCUUGCUCUGAAAUAGAGUUUCCAGUUGCACCGAGAAGAAGACCACGUGCCAACUGGGACGAAAUACUAGAGGAGAGUGAAGAGAAAUAUCAAGAAAUUGAAGAGUAUGAAGAUAGUAAAAAAGGAAGACCUCAGUUGUCGCCAUUUCUGAGUACUGAAUGCAAUUAUUUGAAAGAAAAAGUGUUUGUCCACUUACAACCAGCCUUAGAAGAGACGCUUCAAAAAGCUCAAAUUUGGGAAGCAUUGAAACAGCAAAAGUGUUUCUUUAAUGGUAUUGAUCAUAUAGCGCAGCUGUUAUGGAACAAUAAUCCGAAAUAUCCAGAUCGUAAAGAACACAACCUACACAUAUUUAAUAUGCCUUGGGUUCGAGAACUAUUGAAAACAUAUCCAAGACCCUACUAUCCUAAAUCUUGGUUAUGGCCUGAAGACUAUGCAGCAACAGUGAUCCAAAAAACUGUUCGGCAAUACUUUGUGCAGAGAGAGGAUGAAGUUCAAGAGAUGCGCAACUUUUGGAGGAAAUUAGAAGUGGAGAGAGCCAUACCUGAAAUUCAAGGAAAUCCACUUCUGUCUAAGAAAUUUGCUGCUUCACAGAAUUGAUACAAACUGUAUAUUUAAUUUUAAUUUAUUGCAAUAAAAUAUACUAACAAUUA